UCCGUGUCUGUCCUUGAUGAAGACCUUGAUGCAGAUAGGGCUUUGAGGACAGACUGCACUCAGUUACACAGAGGAUGUGAAGCUAAAUGUUGUGAAUGUCAUCAUUCUACACUGCUGCAAAGGUGCUGAUAUGUGUUGAAGAUGAGUGGAGUGGGUGAGAACUCUCUAGAGCCUUUGGGUUCUGACCGGAAACGCAAACUCUCCACCUGUGAAACCCCAGGCUUAGGGUGUGAUAAACGCAGGAGAGAACAAGAGAGCAAAUACAUUGAGGAGCUAGCUGAGCUCAUCUCUGCGAACCUCAGUGACAUCGACAGCUUCAACGUCAAACCUGACAAAUGUGCCAUCCUCAAAGAGACGGUUCGGCAGAUUCGCCAGAUCAAAGAACAAGGGAAAAGCUCAUGUGGUGAUGAUGAUGUCCAGAAGGCAGACGUGUCCUCCACGGGUCAGGGGGUCAUUGACAAGGACCAUCUGGGACCUCUGCUGCUACAGGCGUUGGACGGCUUUUUGUUUGUGGUGAACCGGGAGGGCAGCAUUGUGUUUGUGUCAGAUAAUGUGACUCAGUACCUGCAGUACAAACAGGAGGAACUUAUCAAUACUAAUGUCUACAACAUCCUCCAUGAGGACGACCGUGAAGAGCUACAUAAGAACCUGCCCAAGGGCAAUGUACCCAGCGGCGUGUCCUGGGCUGGUGAUACAUCUCGACAGAAGAGUCACACGUUUAACUGCCGCAUGCUGGUGAAAUUCGGCCGCGGGCCGGGAGAGGAAGGGCCUAAUGCGCCCAGAUAUGAGACCAUGCAGUGCUUUGCCCUGACUCAGCCACGUGCAAUGAUGGAAGAGGGGGAAGACUUGCAAUCAUGCAUGAUCUGCGUGGCACGGCGAGUCACAGCCGUGGAGAGGACCGAGAGAUUCAGCACAAGGCAUGAACUAUCAGGUAAGCUCAUUGAAAUUGAGCAACAAAGUUCCUUGCACACCACAAUGCGGCCUGGCUGGGAGGACCUAGUGCGCAGGUGCAUGCAGAUGUUCCUCCACCGCAGUGAGAGCCAGCCGUGGUCAUACAAACGGCACUACAACGAGGCUCUCAUGCACGGACGUGCGGAGACGCCGCUGUACCGGUUCUCCCUGUCAGAUGGCACGCCAGUCACGGCACAGACCAGGAGCGAGCUUUGCCGUAACCCUGCAACCAAUGAGCCACACUCUUUCCUCUCCACCCAUUUACUUCAGAGAGAGCAGAAUGGGUAUCGGCCCAACCAAGGAUCAGUGAUGAGGGCUCAGGGUAUGGGUGGCGCCCAACCCAAUGCCCAAAUGAAUAUGAUGCCAGGAGGAGGGAUGGGUAUGGGCGGUAACAGAGGCUAUGGCAUGAAUGAGCCGGGGCACAUGGGACCAAGAGGUGGACCUAUGUACGGCGCGGGCAGUAGGAUGAAUCAGAUGAACCCGAUGCACCCGAUGAACCAGAUGAAUCAAAUGAAUCAGAUGAACCAGAUGAAUCAAAUGAAUUCAAUGAAUCAGAUGAACCAGAUGAAUCAAAUGAAUUCAAUGGGUCAUCUGAACCAGAUGAAUUCGAUGAAUCAAAUGAAUUCAAUGAAUCACAUAAAUCAGAUGAAUCAAAUGAACCAAAUGAAUCACAUGAAUCAGAUGAACUCAAUGAAUCAGAUGAAUUCAAUGAACCAGAUGAACCACCCUGGUAUGCAACCACAUCAGCAGCCCCCUUUCCAUGGUGGCAAUUAUGGCCUGGGUAUGAACAGCCCUUCUCAGGCAAGCCCAGGAAUAAAUGUUUCACAGCAGAACAUCAUGGGUUCACCCAGAAUAAGAGGAAGUCCUAAGAUGGGUGCCAGCCCCUUCUCACCUGGAGGUAUGCCUUCUCCAAUGGGCUCUGUAAGUGCUGGAGGAACUGGAGGAACCUCUGGAUCUACAGGGGGCGGUAGUUUCUCCAGCGACUCUCUCAAUGCUCUGCAGGCCAUCAGUGAGGGUGUUGGCUCCUCUCUGCCUUCCACCCUGACCUCCCCUGCCCACAAGUCUGACGGCUCUCCCAGCGUCAACUCCACUCAGCCAAACCAGGGACAGACUGGAGUCUGUAAGUCCAGUCACAGUGAUUCCAAGAGCCCAGCUAGUGCUCACAGUGGUGGUGUAGAGCAACAGCAGCAGCACCAUCACCAUACCUCUGCAUCAGAGACUGCCAUGGAGAAACCUGACAGCCAGGCCAGCAAGGAGGGCCAGGCAGGAACUGAACCCAGUCGCCGGCUUUCAGACACCAAGGGUCAUAAGAAGCUCCUUCAGCUACUCACCUCCCCUCCUGAGGAGCUGAAUCUAGCUGCUGGAAGUGGGGGGUCCAAUGUGCCUCCUUCUGAUCGAGCCUCCACACCCAUGGGUGCAGAUGCUAAGGAGCCUGGAGGUUGCAUGACCAGCCCUUCAUCCACAGGUGUAUCCUCAUCUUCCUCUUCAGGCAACGCAGCAAACCAACAGGGCUCCGGAGGGGUGUCCUCCACCGCUUGCAGUGGGCACUACCCUAACCACUCUCUUCAGGAGAAGCAUAAGAUCCUACACAAGCUGCUGCAGAAUGGAAACACCCCAGACGAAGUGGCUCGCAUCACAGCUGAGGCCACAGGCAAGGUCCCAGUGGGUCAGGAACACACGGGAGCUGAUUCCCGAGGCUCAGAGGUCAAGCUGGAGCAGCAUAGCCCUAAGAAAGAGAAGACCCAUGCUCUCCUCCACUACCUCCUCAAUAAGGAUGACUCCAAGGAGCCAGCCGACAGCAAGCCAAAACUGGAAGAGCUGAAAGGAAGAGGGGCUGCAGGUCCAGGAUCAGGGGUCACCUCCUCUAAUCUUAAUACUCAGGAGGGGAAGGUCAAGAUGGAGCCACCUGAUGAGCUGGAUAAUCUGGAGAGUAUUCUUGGAGGCCUCAGGGAUUCCGGCUCUGGAAUGUUUGGCGACUCAGGAGCGGGAGGUAGAGCAGAACGGGACAACAAGCAGGGCAAUGGACCCAACAGCACUGCACAUGACCGGGAGGGUGUGGGAAUGGGGCCCGGUCCACGUGUGCCGUUUCAGAGAGCCAUGUCUAUGGAUGCUAAGCCUCUCAGCGGUCCAGGGAUGACUGGACGGAGAAGUGCCCCAUGUCCCUCCCACAUCAAACAGGAGAACUCCGACAUGCCAAUGGGAAUGGGUGCUCCAAACAGAACUAUGGGUGUUGGUCAGCGGCCACCCAUGAUGGGGCCGGGAGAAUGGGGCAUGCCCAACUCCAGUGGCAGUCCUGUGGGUCCCAUGGACCAUCCCUCCAUGGGCCGCCCAGGAAUGGACCACAACUCCAAAGGAAUGUUGGGAGGCCCAAUGAUCAGCAGGUCCAACAGUUUACCUGCCACUCGAUCCAUGCUGCAGCAACAGCUGAUGGACAUGGGUCCUAAUGAUGUGGGGAUGGGUAUGAAUGCGUUCCGAGGGCAGGGUCCUCCACCUCAGUCUCCAUCUUGGGCUGACAGUGGGAUUGGUAUGGAAGGACCUCCAAAUAGCAACAGGCCUCCAUUUGGAAACCCAUUGGAUGAAUUGCUGGUUCCUCCAUCUACCAGCGAAGGGCAGAGUAAUGAGAGAGAGCUCCUGGACCAACUGGAUUCUCUCCUCAACAACACCGAUGUUAUUGGCUUGGAGGAAAUUGACCGAGCACUUGGCAUCCCUGACAUUGUCAGCCAGGGUCACAAUACAGAGCAGCAGCAGCAGCAGCAGCAGCAGCAGCAACUCCCUGCAGACCCCUUCCCUGGGCCUGACCCCUCCAUGAGCAUGGACCCUAAAGCCAUGUAUGGCCAGGGCUACCCUGGACCCCAGUCUGUUGGCAUGCAGUCAGGGUACGGGGGUGGUCCCAUGCAGGGCCAGUCUCCAGCAGGCUUUAAUCCUAUGAUGAACCAAAUGGGCCAACAGGGAGGUUUUCCCGGCAUGGGGGGCAUGCACCCACGUGCCAGCAUGAUGAGACCACGUAUGAUGAGCGCUACCAAGCCCCUCAGGCUACAGCUUCAGCAGAGGCUACAGGGACAGCAAUUCAUGAAUCAGACUAGACAAGCCAUGGGGAUGAAGAUGGAUAAUAUGCCAGGAGGAAACCCCGGGCUUCGUCCGGGCAUGCAGCCUGGAAUGGGUGGACAGCCAAGUUUCCUGAAUGCCCAGAUGUUGGCUCAGCGCAAUAGGGAGAUGAUGAUGAUGAGGAGGCAAAGAAUGAUGAUGCUCGUGCAGCAGCAACAGCAGCAGGCGGCCGCAGGUGGCUUCAGCCCACCCCCAAAUGUCACCGCCCCUGGCGGCAUGGACAACUCCAUGGGCGGACCUCCUAUGAACCAACCUGGCCAGCAGCCUUUCUCCUAUGGGGGGAACUAUGGAAUGAACCAGCAAGGAGACCCUUCAUUUGUCGAUACAGGCAGCAGCCCCCCCAGUGGCAUGAUGCCCGGACGCAUGGCAGGACCUCAGAAUCCCAUGAUGCAACAGCAUCCUCAAAGUGGCCCUAUGUAUCAGUCAGCUGAAAUGAAGGGCUGGGGGCCAGGAGGAAUGCCGAUGAACAACCCCUAUCCCCAGCAGCAGUUUCCUCAGCAGGGUAAUCCUGGUCAGUAUGGAGGUAUGAUGAUGAAUGGCUCCAUGCAGGGUACAGUCAAUGGAGCUGGUGCAGGACAAAUGCCCCCGAUGCAGGGACAAAUGGGCAUGAAUUCGAUGGGUAUGGGCCCGAUGCCAAUGGGACCUGACCAGAAGUAUUGCUGAAGCAGUAUGCCACCUCAGUGGACGAGUAGUGGAGACAGACGACCGUGUCCUGGCAACCCUCAGGCUAAAAAGGACAGAUAAGCCAAUCAGGGCCCUGAGUUUCAGAGCAAAUCUGUGAGCCACCACAGUAAGAGCCCCAGUGCCACCUGACUGCGCAAGGACAAAAAAAAACAAACAAAAAAAAACAACAACAAAAAAAAAAAAACAAAAACAGAGGAACAGACUUACCUGUAGUUCCCAGUGCUGACUCCUCUCUCUGGACUGAGUGGGAAAAAACGUGGUGCUUGCCAAGAGACAGCAGGGGGCAGACUUGCAUUGGGAACAUGUGACUGUCAAACAGUAUUGGGCUUCAGCAGGCAGGGGG